CGCCGCGCCAUUGCGCACAGGUAAUGUGGAACAGGAAGUGGCUGUCAACCCCCGUCGCUGUGGUUCUAAUGCGGGAGAGAACGCAGCGGCGUGUUUGACACAUAAAGGAGUUCCUUUUUUUAAUGUGUCUUUUGGAAACAAAACAGGCAAAUCCACCUUUUUAAAAAAAAAAAACUUUUUUACUGAAGAUGCGGCUGCGCGAGACGCGCGCGUUCCUGGGACUUUUGCUUCUGGCAGUGUUCGGGUCGUCAGACUGCAUGCAGACGGUGGUGCGGUCGGGCAAAGGCUCGACGGUGACAGUGUCCACCGAGCUGCCCGCGGAUCAGUGUGCUGUGUGCACGGUCGGCGGCGCGAAUGACACACAGACUUCCUGCCACGCCUCUUUCACUCUGGUACCCGAGGAGGAGGUCAAGCUGCUGUUCAACUGCUCCCAACCAGUGGAACAAUCCUACGCUGUGACAAUAACUCAGACCAUCGAAUGCACGAAGGACGCCUGCAGCCCUGCAACAGUGGAAACUCAACCCGUCCUCACGCAGUUCACCAGGACCUUCAGCUGGGAGCUGAAGGCCCCCGAGAAGACCGUCGUGAGCCUGGACAUCCUCGGGGAGGGACUGAUGGAGACGACGCAGCCGUGCACCACUGGAUUCCAGUACUCGGUGGCCACAUCCAAAACGGACGGCAAGGGUCCCACUCAGUACUGUCGGGGCGGUUCUGUGACUCGUUUAGACCUGCCCAAUGACGCCACUGUGUCUCUGCGAGUUGAACCGAAGGCUCCGGUGGAAUCUGUGGUGUUCCAGGCCUCCGCCGGACCAUUAAAGGGCCGGACGAUGGUUGUAAGUGUUGAUCCCGGCACGACUGUGGUCGUGAGCCGGGAUCCCGGGGGAUUAGAGUGCGACGUGUGCACCGCCGACGGCUCCACCACACCGGACUGUAGUCCAACAGAGAAGACGCUGACCAACGUUGACAAGCUCUCGCUGGAGUUCAGCUGCCCAAAACCUCAGGACAUGUACAGUGUGAAGAUGAAGAAGAAAAUAGAAUGCACCAAGAGUUCCUGCACUCCCGCGGCAGGCGAAGUCGACCCCGACCUCUUUAAGGACUUCAGAAGAUCCGUGACAUGGGACAUUCAAGUCCCAGAGAGGACGGUGUUAUCUUUGGACUUCCCUGGUGGUGACGGACUGAAGGAGAUUCACGGCGCGGAAAACUGCAAAGAUGGCUACGGAUACGCAGUGAGCUCGACUAAAAGUGACGGAACCGUCAAAACGAGCGGCUUCUGCAAAGGCGGGACAGUGUCUCGCCUGGAUCUGCUCGGAGCGACGACUGUGACUGUGGAGGUGCCCAAGGGAGAAGAACUGGACCAGACGGCGUUCAAUGUCAAAGCGGCACCGAGAGGUGGCAGGUUGAUGUCCCUGACCCCUGACCCCAACACCAUCAUCAUCAUCAGCAGGGUGUCCGACGAGCCCGACUGCAGUGUGUGUGUGAACAAGGCGCCCAAACAGAUUUGCAACCCAAGACAACUGAGAAUUACUGAGUCUCGCAACACCUCGGUGGAGUUCACCUGUCCUCGACCUCAGGAUGUCUUCAUCGUGGAAAUCAACCGAGAAAUCGACUGCACAGAGACCUCCUGCUCUGGUGACAUUGUUCAGGCCGAGUCCUCGCUGUUCCCCGACUUCAACCGGACCUUCACCUGGGACCUGAAAGUCGUCUCCACUCGGGCCUUUCAGCUGGACUUCCCAGAGACGGGAAUGCGACAGAUUCCCAAUGAGGAGACCUGCACAGACGAGCACACGUACUCUCUUGUGACCUAUUUGCGCACGGGGCCGGCGAACAUCGGGCGCUUCUGCAAAGGGGGAACUGUGACCACCAUCCUGGCUCGAUACAAGGGCCGCGUGUCUCUGCAGGUUCCCGGGGACACGAAGAUGGACCCCGUUGACUUCAAACUCAAAGUCGGCCCUGAGACCAGCAUGGUUGCCAUAGUGAAGGUCAAUCUACCCCGCGGCGCAUCCGACACAGACUUCAUCACAGCCAACUACCCCGGCGAUUUCCCCGACAACCAGCAGAUGCAGUGGGACUUCGCGGUGCCGGGCAUGCACAACUACACGGUGAGCUUCCGUGAUCACACCGCCCCAGAGUGCCUCAGCGGCGACGUGGAGGUCCGCUACCAGAAGGCGGAGGACAAGAAGGUGACCAAACUGACUCUGACGGAUGCUCAGCCGGCGCAUCGGCAGGGCAACUUCAACAUGGUGCUGAAGAAUUGUGGCACCAACAGGACGCUGCAAGGACUCACCCUGAACUACAGAGUUUCCGUGAUGAGGAGUGGUCAUCCAGUUCUGUGCUCGGUGGAUCUGAGCGGGCAGCGAGUGUCCCUGCAGAUAGAGAAAGUGGGUUCCGAUCCGUAUUGUGAGAUGAGCCUUGACUCCAAAGUUGAGGAGAAGAUGAACGUGGCGGCGGGCUCCAAAGCCAGCUUGUCCUUCCUCGACUGUCCGAAUGAAGAGGUGCGCCUGACGGCCAGCGAAGUUAUCGGCUGCCAAAACGUGUCGACGUGCCCCGCGACCCCCCUCACCGCGCCCCAACUGGUGUCCUGUCUGCGGAUGCCCCUCCACAGCUUCACCUGGCACCUCAGCGUCCCGCAGCACAGCACCCUGGACCUGGUGUCGCCCACGGGGAGUCUCCGGCCGGCCCUGCCCGGCCACAAGUGCAACGGGUCGGCGUCGCUGCACGUGGCGGAGGGGGGCGGCUUUUCCGUCGGAGACUUCUGCUUCAACGGAGUCAUCCGGAGAGUUCAGGCGAACACCAACGUCUCCGUCACGGCUGCGGCGCACGACUUCAGCAAGACCAGGGGGCCUUUUCUCAACGUCAGCUACAGUCAGGAGAUCACGGAGACCUUUAUUUACAGAGUCAGCCCCGAGGUGUCGUCUCCGACCAUGCUGGCCAGCCCCAACUGGCCCCGGGGUAUGAAACCUUCCUCCACCGUGUCCUGGAUUGUCACGCUGCCGAGCCAGUACCAGGCGCACGUGCAGUUUGUCAACAUCACCCAGCCCAAGUGCCUCGAUCGGCACACGGCCAUGACGGUGAAGAUGCUCGGUCACGACGAGGAGAUCAUGAGCCGCCGGGAGGACGAGCAGGCGGAGGACAAGCUACUGGUGCCGCAGAGUUUCUACCUCAACAUGUCCAACUGUAUCCCGGAGGGGGGGGAGUUUGGCGCCGUGGCCAAAAUCGUCCUGCAGAAGAAGUCCAAUCUCUUGGCCAUCCUCCUCGGGAUAGCCGGAGCCAUUUUGCUUAUGCUGAUAGUGCUGGCUGUAGUGUGUGUCGUCACAAAGAAAAAGAAACAAGACAGAAUGAACAAGGAGUCCUCCAUCUACAUCGGUAAGGGGAACGUCUUCCGCCCGGGCGACAUGCACUUCACCAAGACCCGCUCGGACAACGAGUCCCACGUCUACGACUCCAUCGAUGAGACGAUGGUGUACGGACACCUGCUGGCCAACUCCAGCUACGCCGAGAGCAUGCAGGACCACUUCAACGGCAUGCAGGUGGACUCCUACCAAACCUUCACGGGCCCCGCUGACGGGCAGCUGUCCGUCAUCAAAGAGCCGGACGCGGAGCCCGAGACGGACCAGUUCAAGACCUUCCUGGACCCCUCCGAUUCUUUCCUGCCGCCCCGCCCACGCACCCCCAUCGACCGGCAGGACAGCCUCGGCUUCCAGGACCGCAGGAUGGUGGACAACGAGCUGUACACGUUCAAGAGCACGGGGCAGAUAAACACCAUCCGGCUCUCCGCCGCCGACAUGGAGCCGCAGCCGCUGACAAUGGAGGAGUCCUUGUAGUGAGUCGGGACUGCGGCUGCACGAUGGACGGCUGUUCCUCUCCUCCCGUCGCGGCGCCGGGUGUCUCCGGCCUGCACCGAGGUGCACGUCGUGACCACACACAGCGACUCUGAGUUCGAUUUACGUUUUAAUGUGGCGUUCGUCAUCUUUUCUCAGAGCUCGGUCAUUAACAAAGCUUCAAGAGGCGAUCCUCCCCUUUAAAGGAGUAGUGCAACACUUUGGGGGUGAUUUUUGAGACUCCACCCUCAUGUCUGUAUUGUACAUAUGAAGCUAAUGCCAGCAGCAAGAAAGUGUAUUUCACAAAAUGUUGAACUACUCCUUUAAUUCCUUUUUUGAUCUGUUUAGGUUUAUUCAAUUUCUGAGCAUGUGACCAGGACUCAGAGGCAGGGAUUACGAGACAAAUGUGCAACUAUUGGUCUUUGUUUUUAAAAAGUGUUUUUAGAAUUGUUUGCUAGUGUUUUUUUAAAUAUUUCUUUCCCCCCUUUACCUGUAAAUACGUUUCUAUUUUUUUUUUUGCAAUAAAUUUUAAGAAAAAGG